UAAACUGCAAGAGAGGGAGCAUCUGAACUCUUUUCCCUCCUACCCUUGCCCAGAUAGGAGCGCCAUGAAGUGGAUGAGACCAGUUUUCGUGGCGGUGGUCUGUCUUCUCGGGGCCACUCGAUUCUUGCCAGUGAACAGCCUUUCAGAUUACCUCAAUGCUACCAACCAGUACAUACAGAAGAAUGUCAGAAGCUUGACCACCAUGGCGCUAGCCCAGUUCCUCCAGGAAGCCUCCUAUGAAGAUAUAAGCAAGAUGGUCGAGAACCUCGUGGCCCUGAAAAAUCGGUGCACAGCCCAGGAGAAGCUCCCGGAAUGUUCCAAAACUGAGAUCUACCUUCUAGAGGACGAGAUGUGUGCCGGGAAGGAACUCUCCGAAAAAUACGGGUAUGCCGACUGCUGCAGUCAAGAUGAGAAGAACCGGCACAGGUGUUUCUUCCUUCGCAAGCGGGUGGACUUGGGCUUUCUCCUCCACUACGACCUGAAACCCGAGGAGGAAUGCAAGGCCUACAAAGACGACCCGGAAGCUGUCUGGAAUCAAUACAUCUAUGAAAUAGCCAGAAGGCAACCUUUCCUCUACACGCCCACCCUCCUCUUCCAUGCCCAGGAGUAUGAGAAGGUCGUGCAGGCCUGCUGCUCAGAGGAAAACAAGCUCCAGUGUUUCCAAACCAAGGGGACCCUCGUCACAAAUGACCUGAGGUGGAUCCAUGAGAUUCACAAACACUUAUGUAGAAUUGCCAUGGGCUUUGGGAAAAGAGCCCUAAGAAGUGGAAAAGUGCUCUACUUCAGCCAGCAGUUUCCCAAGAUGGAAUUAGCCACACUGCUGAACGUCAUGCCAGACUUGCUCGGGGAGCAAGAUGGAUGUUGUGAAGGAGAUGUGAUAGAGUGUUUCCGGAGUAGGGCAGAGCUCGUGUCCUCCAUGUGUUCAAACCAAAAGGCCAUCUCCAGCCAGUUCAGCAACUGUUGCGAUAAGCCAGUCCCAGAACGGGGCGAGUGCAUUUUCCGUUCUGUAAGGGAAGAUGCGCCCCAGGACCUACCUCCCACAGAAGAAAAAUUCAUCAGAGCCCAAGAUGUGUGCCAACGAUACGCCGACAAGAAAGAUGGCUUCUUAGAUGAGUUUGUUUACGAAUAUUCAAGAAAACACCAGAAAGUGUCAGGGCCCGUGAUCCGCAGAGUGCUCGAGAAGUACCAAGACCUGCUGGAGAAGUGCUGCCAGACUGCAGACCCGCACCAGUGCUACAGUCGAGGGGAAGAAGAAUUCCAAAAGAUUCUUCAGGAAAGCCAGGCACGCGUUCAAGAGGACUGCGCCCAUUUCCAGAAAUUGGGAGAAGAUCUCUACCGACAAAAGUACGCGAUCUCUUUCACCAAGCAAGCACCGGAGCUGCCUCUGACGGAGCUGACUGUUCACGUCGAACGCAAGACCAACGACGCAGCCCACUGCUGUAUGCAGCCUGAUGAGAAACAGACUGCCUGUAUUGAGAGAUCGGCAAACCUACUUUAUGGACAAAUAUGUGGAUUUUUUGCCAAUCGAAGCAUCAACCCAGGGGUGACCAAUUGCUGUAAAUCGUUUGCCUUUAAAGAGCCGUGCUUCCCCAGCUUGAAAGUCGAUGAAACGUACACGCCCCCGGCCUUCUCCCCCGAACUGUUCACCCCCAACGAAGACUGGUGCCAGCUGCCGGACAUGGAGCUCCAGAGAAAGAAACUGAAGCUCCUGAUCAACCUCGUGAAGCACAAGCCACAGACCCCGGAUGACCAGCUGCAGACGGCCUUGACCGAUUUCAGUGAUGUGGUGAAGAAGUGCUGCCAGGCCUCUGGGCCUGGGGCCUGCUUUGUGGCAGAGGGUCCAAAUCUGAUUGCCAAACUCCAGGGAUCCUAACCCAUUCCAGGGAGCUUCAUUUUGAGGCUCAGACUGAAAGACCCUCACUGAAGAUGGAGCCAAACCCUUCGCUGGUGUUCAGAAUAGAGAGUGAACAAUAAAACUUUGUUUAGUGGCCCUGCAA